AUGACACCAAGAACUGACGGCUUCGCCUCCAUAUUAGCCAUUGGUAAGGCAACCACCAAAAACAUCCAAGAACAGAGCACUUACCCAGACUAUUUUUUUCGUGUCACCAACAGUGAGCACUUGAUCGAUCUCAAGAAGAAAUUCCAACGCAUAUGUGAUAAAUCUUCAAUUAGAAAGCGCCAUUUCAUUUUGAAUGAGGAGCUUCUCACAGGAAACCCUUUCCUUUCUAAGUUUAUGGAAAACUCUAUAAACGCAAGGCUUGAAAUUUAUACAAAGGAGAUACAAAAGUUGGCCAUAGAGGCAGCCACCAAAGCAAUUCAAGAAUGGGGACAGCCUAAGUCAUGUAUCACUCACCUCAUCUUCUCCACCUUGAGUGACACUAGCCUACCUAGUAGGGACUACCACCUCAUACAAAUCCUUGGCCUCAACCCAAAUAUUGAACGUGUUGCGAUCCUUCAACAUGGUUGUUUCACAGGCAAAACCACGCUUCGUCUUGCAAAGUGUCUUGUUGAAAGCCACAAAGGUGCACGUGUUCUUGUUGUUUGUGCAGAGACCUCCACCAUGUUGUUUCGUGGACCAUCUAAGGAGCACCAAGAAGACCUUAUUACCCAAGCCAUAUUUGCUGAUGGUGCCUCUGCACUUAUAGUUGGUGCCAACCCAAACGAGACUAUUGGUGAGCGGGCCAGCUUUGUCAUAACAUCUGCAUCUCAGGUAAUUUUGCCGAACUCAUCACAUGCUACUACAGGCCAUUUUAGUGAAGGAGGUAUCAAAGCCACAAUCCAUAAAGAUAUUCCGAACAUCAUUUCCAAAAAUAUUGGAAUGUACUUAGAAGCAGCCUUCACCCCACUUGGUAUUUCAAAUUGGAACUCAAUUUUUUGGGUGGUUCAUCCAGGUGGUCGAGUCAUUUUAGACCAAUUAGAAGAGAGGCUUGGACUAAAUCCAGAGAAGUUGACGAUUUCAUGGCAUGUGCUUCCUGAGUAUGGAAAUAUAAUGGGUGUAUGUGUGCAUUUUGUGCUUGAUGAGAUGCAUAAAAGGUGGGAAAGACUAUGA